CGCCCCGUCAGCCGUAGCCAUGUCGGACGCAUUGACGUGGGUCUGUUCUUCGCUCGUGGCGUGGCAUCCGCCGCCUCUGACUGACUGUCGUCUUGCUGAUAUUGUUGUUGUUGCCGUCGUCAAUGUUGGAUUGACCAAGAAUCGUCGGUGUCGGGUGAGUUGAAGCCUCGCCAUGGCGUCGCUCUCGCUCUCCCUUUCUCUCUCCCUUUCCCGCUCCCUCUCGACCAGUGCAACGUCUGCUGCCCUUGCCGCGGAGACGACGCCGGCACAGGGCUCGCUCGAGUCCGCCGGUGCGGGCAUAACUGGAGGCUACACGGGCAACUCGGUUCCUCUCAAAAUCAUCAUUGCCUUCUUCCUCGGCCUCGCCCUCUACAAUGCCCUUGAGCUCAUCAUCCUCGCCUUUGUCACCUUUCAGCACUACCAUGGACUUUACUUCUGGUCGCUCGUCAUCAGCGCCUUCGGCAUCAUACCCUAUUCACUCGGCUUCAUCAUAAAGUUCUUCCGCCUGCUCGACCCAAACGCUAAUGUCGGAUAUGUGGCCGUCGUUUUUCUCACCAUCGGCUGGUAUAGCAUGGUCACAGGCCAGUCCGUCGUCCUAUGGUCACGCUUGCACCUCGUCACCAACUCGCGCCGCACCCUCCGCUGGACCCUGUACAUGAUCAUCUGCAAUGGCGUCCUGCUGCACUCGGUCACCACGGUCCUGACCUUUGGCUCAAAUUCGAAUACUCUCUCGCCCGCUACCUUGGCCCGCUUUGUCCGCGCCUACUCUAUCAUGGAAAAGACACAGAUGUUGGGCUUCUUUUUGCAAGAGACGAUCCUGUCCAUCAUCUACAUCAAAGAGACAAUCCGGCUGCUCAGGCUCUCCCAAUCCGUUCAAGACGAUACGCGCAGCUUCGAUGACGGCGCCACCAUUGGCCAGCUCAGGCAGGCCAGUGUCCGGAAAACAAUGUACCAGCUUCUCGCCAUCAACGUCUUGAUCAUCAUCCUGGAUCUCGCUCUGCUAGCUAUGGAAUUUGCAAAUCAAUAUCUUAUCCAGACCACGCUCAAGGGCGUCGUAUAUUCUGUUAAAUUAAAACUAGAAUUCGCUGUUCUCGGCAAACUGAUCCAGCUUGUGCGCGAUCGCACAGAAUCUGACCCCAGUCUCAAUGCCAAUCCCUUCUCCAGCCCUGCCGCAUACGCCAACCAUCGCAACAACAGCUCCAACUUCCAAAACGUGAACUGUACCGGAACAUGCACCCUCGAGCGCCGCAACACCCUCACCCUCGAGAAAUCAAGCAGCGCCAACACCAGUGCCAACUGCCCAGACACUUCGCGCCGCGCCAAUGGGCCCACGAGCAGCCCGCUCAUGUACGACUUUGGCAACCAGCAGUACCCUGACUUCGUGGACCCGCGCCGUCUCAAUUCUAAUCUGACGCAUCCUGAACUGCAGGCGUCCACCGGGGCCGGUCAGGAUGGAUGGGAGACGCGUGAUGAGGCUACAGAGCGGCGUAGUAAGAGGCGCCGGGUCAAGAGGGCGAGUUGGAUUGAUUUAGAAAUGGACAAGUUCAACAUUGAAUGAUUUUUUGUUGUUUUUGCAUGCUCUGAACUGGCGUUUAUGGGAAGAGAACAAAAGAUGAAAAUGCAUGGAUUCAUGGAUACACAUACCCCUAGACAUGGUCAUCAGAGUUUUCAUUUAUUUUUGCUCGAUUCGAUUAUGUACUCUUAUUGUAAUUCCAUUUCAGAGCCGAGGAAGGCUGUAAGGAUGUAGUGUGGUAGGCUCUUCUUUGAUUUUCUUCUUCUUUCUCGUCACUUGAUUGUCAGGGGGGUGAGCAGCGACAUUGAGCGAGGCACAGGUUUGAUAUUAUGGAAAAGGAAGAUAUCAUGAAAAUCUUCAGCUGUACCAAUUCAGCGC